ACAAGGUCGUUGGCCUUCAGACUGUUUCCCACUGCAUUCCUUCCACGCAGCAUUGACAACUUCUUCUUCUUACCUGACCACCGGGCGCCAUGUUAUGUUUGGGUGGACUGUCGCUCUGCGUGCUGCUGAUCUCUACGGCCAGCGCUCACGUGUUCCUGAGUGAGGGGGAGGCCAGUCAGAUGCUGACGCGGCGCAGACGAGCCAAUAGCUACUUUGAAGAGCUGAAGCAAGGCAACCUGGAGCGCGAGUGUAUGGAAGAGCGCUGCAACCUGGAGGAAGCGCGAGAGAUUUAUGAAGAUCAAGAAAAAACUAAUGAAUUCUGGGCCAAGUAUAUUGAUGGUGAUGCAUGUGAGUCGAUGCCCUGCGCUCACGGAGGACGUUGUGAAGAUGGCAUCGGCAGCUACAGCUGCUACUGUGCUGAAGGCUACCAGGGCUCCAAUUGUGAAAUUGCCGCUCCUCAACUCUGUGAAAACCAAAAUGGCGGUUGUGAGCACUUCUGCAGGGUGGUGCGAGGACACAUUGAAUGCUCAUGUGCUGAUGGGUAUUUCCCCGUGGACAAAUCAUGUCACUCCAACGAGCCCUUCAAAUGUGGCGCCAUCAUCUCUGGAAAGACACGGUCCAUUUUCAGGUAUCAGCACCGGAACUACACGCAGGGAAGCGACUCCUGGUUGAACCAGACCGACAUAGAAAGCAACAUCACCUCCACCGCCGUCUCAUCUCCUGGUAACUUCAGCACCGAUCAAAUCCCGCAUGACUUUGAAGAGGAGGAAUAUGUCUUACCUGAAAUGGUGGGAAUGACCCGCAUCGUCAAUGGCAAAGACUGUCCGCCAGGGGAAUGUCCAUGGCAGGCACUUCUCAUCAAUGAGGAAGGCCAAGGGUUUUGUGGCGGUACCAUCUUGACCCAAUACAUCAUCUUGACUGCAGCGCACUGCAUGAAGCAAUUAAAUUACAUCUCUGUGAGGCUGGGUGAGUUUGACGUACUGGUGACUGACGGGAACGAAGCCAACCACAAUGUGGAGGCUGGCUUCAAACACCAUAACUACCGCCCAGACACUUAUCACAACGACAUUGCUCUCAUCAAACUGGCCACGCCCAUCAAGUUCUCCAGGUUCGUCUUGCCAGCCUGCAUGCCUGAAUCAGAUUUUGCUGAGAAGGUUCUGAUGAAGCAGCCGCUUGGCAUGGUUAGCGGUUUUGGACGUCUUGGCGAGGGUCAACAACCGUCCACCAUCUUGCAGCGCCUUGCCGUGCCCUAUGUGGCCCGCCAGGUUUGUCAAGAAUCCACCGGUUUUCAUAUUUCUACACGCAUGUUCUGUGCCGGCUAUGACAAAGAAGCAAAGGAUUCAUGCAAGGGAGAUAGUGGCGGGCCGCAUGUCACAAAGUUCAAAGGAACAUAUUUCCUCACUGGCAUAGUGAGCUGGGGAGAAGGCUGUGCACGAGAAGGCAAAUAUGGCGUUUACACACAAGUAUCCAGAUAUAUUCGCUGGAUCCGUGAAGGCAUUCAGAAGCUGAUGAGCGUAGGCAGGGUGAAGAGGCACCAAGGACCAAUCAGGUGGCUGGAUAUGUAAAAUGACCAGACUUUACAGUCCAUCACUACAUCUAGUAGGAAAACAACUUUUAAUCUGUGCCUUAUAAUCUUUAUGUAUAUCCUGAUACCAUGACCAUAAUAAAAACUACAACAGUUGAUGUGAUCAAA